GUUGAGUUUGUUUGGCGAAAGAGAAGAAGGAGACGACAUAUCUCGUUGUCGAGAAUGGUGCAUGCACAGUCGCAUUAUUCAUUUGAAGUCCGACAAGUCCGUUCACGUUUAUUCUUAAUUCGUCAUCCUCGUCCAAGAUACUUAAAGAAGAUCAGGUGGAAGGAUCGUGAUGAGUUCCUGGAAGAAAUCUCAAAACUCAAAUCAGUUCCGGAAAUAAUAUCCAGAAUUGACGACUAUCUUAAACAAAUCAAAGAGGAGAUCAGGGAUCUAGAUUUAGGCGGUGGAGUGGAGAUGAUCAUCGAAAUUGAGAAGUCUCGAGAGAGAGGAGAACACGGGAAGCGAAGAAAGAAACAAAAAAACCCCAAUUUUUUUUUUUUCUUUUCCGCACCCAAUCACCUUCUUACACGCUCAAGGUCCUUAUCGAUCCUAAAAAAUCCAAAAAAAGGAUCGAUUUUAUUAGAGAAGUUGGGCUUUUGAUGGGCUGGAUUUAUUUUCCAUAAAAUAAAGAGUUGGUCCAUCAAUGGUUGGUGGAUUGGGAAAAUUUCCUUUUUCACACAGACGCGUUUCCUUUCCCAAGUCGAAACAGGAGUCAGGAGUGAAACAACCGACUUAAUUUAAUUAGAUCUUAUAAAUAGAUUGAUAUCACACUCCAUUAUUGAACCAUUACUACAAUUGUUUCGCUUUCUUAUCUGUCCAAGUAAAACAAAAAAAUCAGAGAUCGAAACAAAACCUAGAUUUAAAGAGAGUACUGUUAAUUACCAUGGAUAGGAAUAGGAUGAUGAGAAAGCCUCCGCGUGUAGAAGAGUCCUCGUUGAAGCAUGUCUCUUUUCUUGGCAGAGGAAGCUUUGGCUGUGUCUCUCUCCAACGCGAUUCUAACUUCCGACUCUACGCAAAGAAGUCAUCUUCUUCGUUCAAUCAAGUGAAGGAUUUCAAUAAAGAGGUUAGGAUCAUGCUUCGUUUCCGCAAUCAUCCACGCAUCGUCCAAGCCUUAAGCUCUUUUGUUCACUUAUCCGCCCCACCAGACGCAGAAGGAUGUCACAUCUAUAUGGAAUAUGCCUCCAAAGGCACUCUCUUCAAUAUGAUCUCCCGGUUUCGUGGGAGGCCGAUGCCUGAGAAUAUGAUCGGACGCGCCGCUUUUAUGAUCCUACAAGGACUCGAGAUUCUUCACUCAAACGGCUACGUUCACUGCGACCUCAAGCCAGCCAACGUCCUCGUCUUCCCGUCCACCACUGUUGGAGAGCCAUGGUGUUGGAUAUGGGUUUCACCCAGCUUUAACAGGCUUUCCUACAGGCCCACUAUCGAAACAGUCACCCCAAAAACCCAGGAAGGCAGACCAACUAAAGCCCACUUGUCGGGCCGAUUAAGCUCCUAGAAGGCCCAAUUAAGACGGACAGCCCAAUAAAUGACGGCCCGAAUAAGAACGAUCGCCGACUUUACUUGAGGACAAUCCCACAUUGAUCCCGAGGCAGAGAGGUGAAACGUCCCAUCAGCUAUAAAUACCAAGGGAGCAGCUUGCAGAAGGCAUCAAGUAACAUCGGGCAAGAGUCAGGAGUAAAUCUGAUUCUAAGCUAUAGUUCAGUUAGUCAUUUUGAGAAGCACAAUUCUCUGUAAUUAGCCGAACGACUUAUAACGGUUAUAUUGUAAUUCAACGAUCUUUGACUAUCUUAAUAAAAGUCCUUUGUUUCACCC